AUGACUGCGGUAGCAUCUCCUCCUAGUGUGCAAUCGGGGCCUCGCUUGGGAUGGUACAGUACUGGUAAAGGAGGACAAGGAGCCCUGUCUUCAAUGAAUGACGAAGUGUCCCGGAUGUUCAUGCAGCGGAAGACCGUUCAGCGCUCAAACUCCUCAUCCUCUCUGGGGUCAAACUCCUCCACGAGUACCGUGAUCAAUAAUACGCAAGACCCCAAUGCAAGUCAAAAUUCAAACAGCGACGGUACCUGGUCAUCAAAGAAGAAACCUACUCGAAGUCCUUGGCCUAGCUCGAAGGCAGAGCCGGUAGCUGGGGUUACAAACACUCGAUCUCAAGCAGUCCCUGCCUUUUCGUCAGGGCCGACUGCAUCGUCAACCAUGUCUGCUAUUCAUCAGCCACAAUCGAUUGUGCCCUCACAACAUACGCUUCAGUCAACACAACAGAAUGGUGUUCGGCAACAGUCUAAUGGGCAGUCUGCGGACCCGCCUGCUAUUUUGGCUCUUGCGCCCUUGAAUGGCACUUUCGAGAAGAAACAGAUUAACGUGCCAUUUUAUCCCGAUCUUCUUAGGAUCGGUCGCCAAACAAACGCCAAAACUCUUCCAACCCCUUUGAAUGGAUUCUUUGAUUCAAAAGUUCUCUCUCGGCAGCAUGCUGAGAUCUGGGCCGACAAAACUGGAAAGAUUUGGAUUCGAGAUGUCAAGUCAUCAAACGGUACAUUUGUGAACGGUUUACGACUUUCUCUAGAGAACCGCGAGUCGGAGCCACAUGAAUUGCGCGAAAAUGAUACCUUAGAACUGGGAAUUGAUAUCGUGAGCGAGGAUCAGAACACAAUUGUUCAUCAUAAAGUCUCGGCUAAGGUGGAACAUGCUGGUCUGUACGGCACUACUCCCAGCAUCCUUGACCUCAAUUUUGGAGACUUGGAUCCUGCCUCGGGUGGUGGUUUACUCCCAUCUCCCUUAAGUCAGCCACUUUCACAUCUCCGAGGAAGAUCAGGAAGCAAUGCCAGCAGUCGCAGUGCUCAGAGCGUUGCUAGCAGCCAAAUGAAUGCCAUGCAUCAAAGGCAGAUGAACUACUGGAACUCACCCAUUUCAGUGGAACAAGUUGUCAAAAGAUUAACUGGUGAAUUGAGACAAGCAAAGCAGCAAUCUCAAGAUCUUCGUCAAACCGACGAGUUUCUGACGGCCAUAAUGAAGCCUGGAUAUGCCGAGAAGGAAAAAGCCACGAAGCCUACCUCUUUUGAUAGCAACGGGCCUCGUCAGCUGAACGGACGCCCUAAGAUGCCCCGGGUGGACUCUUUCUCGAGAUUCUCGGAUCCCCCUGCCCCGCCUCCCCAACAACCUCUUCCCGAAAAGCCAGAUGCUCUCCCACGGAGUGGAUCGGAUACAUUCUCGCCCUUGAAACGGAGCGAUACAGAGAAAUCGAAGCCAGUUGCGACAGGUUCUCCCGUAUCGCGUGACUCAAGCCAGAUUUUGUCACUCAUUGAGGCCCUUUCUUCAACUAAGCGUGAUCUCGAAACUCAGGGUGUGCGAGUCAAGGAGCUUGAGAAUCUGUAUCUCCAAGAGAAGGCUGCCCGUGAGUCUGCUGAAGAAAAAGUCAAGCAGCUGGAACUGCAUUCCACUUCGCAGAGUACAGAAGUCAAGGUUGAAGAUGGGGAGAAGCAUGAGACCGAUGAAAAACAUGAGCUUCUUGACUCUGAAGCCGUUGAACGACCCAAUGGCUCGAUCAAAAUGUCUGACGGUUCGGCUGAUUCUGAUCCUCAGCAGCCAGAACCCGCUGUAAAGGUAGAUACCGCGGCCCUCGAGCAUCGCUUGGAGACUAUGAUGCAAGAAAUGGAGGUGGUGAGAAAGCAGAUGGCCGCGUUCAAGGAGCAGGCAGAGAGUGCUGAGGAGGGCAAAGCUCAAGCCCACACAUCUCUCGCCGAGAUGAUUGAGACGCUUCGUCAAGAACGCGCUGAGAAGGCUGCCCUUCAGGCAUCUAUCUCUCAUGUAGAUGCCAAGGGUCACGACCAGACCAAAGCUACCAUUUCCGAAGUCCAUGCGAUUGGAAAUGGCACAGCAAAUCCCGAAAAGAAGAAUGACUCGUCUAAGGCGCCCUUUGAUCCGGCCUCUCUACACAAGGAUGACCUGGACUCGGCGGCCUCGGCCAUGGCCACAGAGUGGCGUCGACGCAAGCUUCUGCAAGAGUCCAGUCCAUACGCUUCCAUGUUCGGCGUGGUUCUUCUUGGGGUUGGCAUUAUGGCUUAUCUCAACGGGUGGCAAAAGUUAGACAAAUGA